UCUUCUUUCUAUUGGUCAAGUAAACCGUGGGCGUGGCUUGCUUCCAGGAACUAAGUGUGACAACGAGUUUUCUCAUUAUUGAAGAGCUAUCUUUUUUUUUAGUAGCGUGGCUAAUAGUGAACGUUUCUACCAAGAUCAUUAUGGGUGACGAGGAGGAAAAAUAUGACGGGAUGCUGCUCGUCAUGGCACAACAGCACGAAGGAGGAGUACAAGAGUUAGUAAAUACAUUCUUCAGCUUUCUACGACGCAAAACUGACUUCUUUGUUGGUGGGGAUGCAGGAGCUGCAGAGAAGCUGGUCAAGGAUUCCUUUGAUCACCACAGCAAGCUGGCUCUAAAGGCUCACAAAGAGAAGCAGACGAAACAGGAGAGGGAGAAGAAGGACAGAGCUGAAAGAGCGGCCAAACUUGCAGAAGAGGAGAGGAAACAUGAAGAUGGGCCACGAAUUCAGGAGCUGACUGAUGAAGAGGCAGAAAAGCUUCAGUCUGAGCUUGAUAAGAAAAAGGAGGAAGAGGAGAAGCGGAAGAAUGUGACGGCAGUUGAAGAAAAGAUGGCUGAGAAAGAGAAGGGGUCUGACUCUGACGGAGAGGAGGACGAGAAGGAUAAGGAUAAGCUGAAGCCUAAUUCAGGAAACGGUGCUGACCUGCCAAACUACAAGUGGACACAAACUCUGUCCGACGUAGACCUGGUGGUGCCUUUUGAUGUGAAGUUCCGCAUCAAGGGAAGAGAUGUGGUGGUGGACAUCCAGCGGCGUUCCAUCAAGGUGGGCCUGAAGGGUCACCCACCCGUUAUCGACUGCCAGCUGUACAACGAAGUGAAGGUGGAGGAGAGCUCCUGGCUCCUAGAUGAUGGCAAGGUGGUUACCGUCCACCUGGAGAAAAUUAAUAAGAUGGAGUGGUGGAGCAAGUUUAUUACCACAGACCCGGAGAUCAACACCAAGAAAAUCUGCCCAGAGAACUCGAAGCUGUCAGACCUGGACGGAGAGACACGUGGGAUGGUGGAGAAGAUGAUGUAUGACCAGAGGCAGAAAUCCAUGGGUCUGCCUACAUCUGAGGAGCAGAAGAAACAAGAUAUACUUAAGAAGUUCAUGGCUCAGCACCCAGAGAUGGAUUUCUCUAAAGCCAAAUUCAGCUGAAACCAUUGAUGGCAUCCCCCUGUAGAGUCCACAUUUAUCAGCAGAGACGUGGUUCUGUUGGCGUCCAAGUCUUACGCUGAAAGACACUUCAUGUGUUGUUUGCUGAGUUUUUUGUUUGUUUGCUUGUUUGGUCAAAUUGUGGAUGUCUGGGUUUUUUAAUAAACUAAGUUAAAAAUAAAAUCCUUCACUGCUGCUGAAAGUAAAGAAAAUAAUGUAAUAAAAGUAAAGUGAGCAUCA